ACAUUGAUGGCUGCUCCAUGCUUGUUGGAGCUAUAGACAGGUUGAAGCAGCGCUGUGGCGAAUAAGUUUAUUUGAAUACAGGUCGAGCCACUGCAGUCAGGAUGAAGGACACACCUCUGGCCAACUGUGAGCGGGACUUCCUGCUGAAAGCCAUCCAGGAGAAGAAGCGCCUGGAUGGACGACAGACCUACGACUACAGAAAGAUAAAGAUCACGUUUGGCACAGACUAUGGGAGCUGCUUCGUGGAUCUGGGGAAAACCAGGGUCAUGGGUCAGGUGUCCUGUGAGCUGGUGGCUCCAAAAGAGAAUCGACCAAAUGAGGGAAUCAUGUUCUUCAACAUCGAGCUGUCACCCAUGGCCUCACCAGCGUUCGAACAGGGCAGACAGUCAGAGUUAUCAGUGAAGCUGAACAGACAGCUGGAGAGAUGCCUGAGGAACUCCAAGUGCAUUGAUACUGAGUCCCUGUGUGUGGUGUCUGGAGAAAAGGUGUGGAAGAUCCGAGUGGACGUUCACCUGUUGAAUCAUGACGGGAACCUGAUGGACGCUGCCAGCAUUGCAGCCAUCAGCGCUCUGUGCCACUUCAGACGCCCUGAUGUCAGCAUCCAGGGAGAUGAAGUCACAGUGUACAGUCAAGAGGAGAGAGACCCUAUUCCUCUGAGUAUCUACCACAUGCCCAUAAGUGUCAGCUUCUCCUUCUUCCAGCAAGGAACAUAUUUGCUGGUGGACCCCUGUGAGCGAGAGGAGCGGGUGAUGGAUGGCUUGCUGAUGAUCGCUAUGAACAAACACAGAGAAAUCUGCUCCAUCCAGUCCAGCGGGGGCAUCAUGCUGCUAAAGGACCAGGUUAUGAGAUGCAGUAAAAUCGCCAGUGUCAAAGUGUCUGAAAUCACAGAGCUCAUCGGCAAAGCCCUCGAGAAUGACAAGAAAGUCAGGAAGGCGGGUGGUAGGUGUGGUUUUGCAGAGUCUAUUCCUCUGGACCGAAUCACAGCUCUGAAAAUGGACGAGACUCCGAUCGAAAUGAUGGACGUGACAGAGAGGGCCAAUGACAUCGUCGAGAAAGCCGAGGUUUCACCUCAGAUGGCACAAUCCCCGGCGGUGCCCGUCCCAGGUGUGGGGCAGGUAGGGCAGGGGCUGCAGAACACCUGGGGCCUGGAGGAUGAGGAGGAGGAGGAUGAAAAUGAGGGAAGUGAUAACAGUGCUGAAGAACAGGAGGGAAGGGUAUCACCGAUGGAACAGGAAAAGUAUGAAAAAGAAGAGCGCGAUGGAGGAGAUGUGGUUGAAAUAUCUGACAGCGAAGAGGAGGAAGUGGUCAUACUUCAUCCAGAGAAACCUGACAAAGCUCCUAAAAAAACAGAAUCCAGUUUGCACCAGAAGGCAUCAAACAAGAAAAGACAAUAAUGAUGAAUUAAGGAGCCAUUUGUGCUCAUUGUACUCAUGUGCAGCAGUGGCUCUGCAGUAGGGAGGCUGAGACGGCUCACACAAGUACAUCACUGGGAAAACAGAUGUUGACAAUAAAACAAGUUACUUCGUGGAUGUAUGGGUCAAGUGAGCUGUCAUUAUGGUAUUCACAAAUGACGGCUCUAUGACUGCAGUAAGGAACUCUGCUCAUUUUAAUGGUCAACAUCCAUUGUCGCUCACCUCCGUGGUGGUUGUGUCCUUCAUGCUCACUGAUAAUACGCUGGUGUGAGAUGUCUUGGCCCCCGUACUGCAGCACCUCCUCAUGAUGAAGACCAUCCUGGUUUGAAAUGAUCCGUCUGCUGUAACAGAGAACUGGACUCAAAUAUAUAUACAUCACAAUGUUGGAUUGUUAACAUGAGAACAAGUUUACUUCUAUUUGAAGUCGUUUGGUUCAAAAGCAGAUUUCCUUUACAAACUCGUAUGAUUUCUUACUCCUGUUUUUUUAGACUAUGUAGAAAAAGUGAUAAUUAAAGAAAAUACUCUCCA